GAAUAACAACAUCGGUGUUACCGCCGGCCUUACAUCGGGGUUGCGCAUGAAUGCUUUAGCAAACUUUUGUUAACACCGAUGUUAGCCUGCGCGUAAACAUGGCACAUAUGUCUGUGUAUACUAUAGUACAUGUUUGACGGAUAUUUGUCGUAAAAAGGGAGUUUAGAGAUGAAUGCAGAAGUAAUAGAUGUCCUACAACGAGCUAGUAGUCAAGAUCCUAAUGUGCUAAAACCAGCUGAACAAAUGCUAAAAGAAUGGGAAACUCAACGAGGCUUUUAUACGGUUUUAUAUAACGUUUUUUCUAACCAUUCUAUAGAAAUAAAUGUACGAUGGAUGGCUGUAUUAUGUUUUAAAAAUGGUGUCGAAAGAUAUUGGAGAAAAAAUGCUCCCAAUGGUAUCGCUGAAGAUGAAAAAGCAUUUCUUCGACAACACCUAAUAGCUAAUUUUAAUGAACCAGUCAAUCAACUUGCUACUCAUAUUGCUGUUGUCAUUGGAAAAAUAGCUAGAUUGGAUUGUCCACGUGAAUGGGAUACUUUAAUACCUACACUUCUUAAUGGUUUACAAAGUCAAAAUGCUAUUGAAAAACAUAGAGCUUUAUUAACACUUUAUCAUGUUAUUAAAACAUUAGCUUCCAAGCGAUUACUUGCAGAUAAGAAAUUUUUUGAACAAUUAACUAGUAAUAUGUUUAAUCUUAUUUUGGAUUUAUGGAAUUCAUAUACUGAGUCAUUCCUUAUAUUGAUGUCAAAUGUAACAAGUGGAACUGAAGCUGAAGAUGCUUUAACAAUGGCCCUACUUUUAUUGAGAAUAUUAAGAAAAUUUAUAACAAAUGGUUUUUGUAAUAUUUCAAAACGUGAGGAUGCUAUGCUUUUUUUGAGAAUAAUUUUCACCAGAGCAAGAGCAUGUUUAGAGUGUCGAAAGAAUUUAAUAUGUAGAGGGAUCCAAAUAGAGGCACUUGAAAAAUUUAUUUUAAAUUUAAUGAAAGUUGAAUAUGGAGCUAUUGGAAAUCAUUCAAAAUGUUGUGUCGAAUUGAUACCAGUCUCACUUGAAUUCGUAGUGUUUUAUUGUUUUACAGAAGAAGGGAAAUCAUUUACUUUUGAAAAAUUUAUCAUUCAAUGCCUCAAUUUAAUGAAAACUAUUUUAAUUCAUCCUGAUUAUAGAAGACCAUCACCAGCAAUUACCGAAAUUAGUGGAGCAGAUCAUGUUUCUUUAAGAGCUACUGAAUUGAAACGAAAUUUCUUUACUCCAGAAGUAUUGAAAGAUAUAUGUUCUAAACUUGUCACACAUUAUUUCUUACUUACACCAGAUGAUUUAGAAAUGUGGAAUACAGAUCCUGAAAAUUAUGCAGUGGAAGAUUCUCGUGAAUCAUGGAAGUACAAUUUAAGAGCUUGUACGCAGAGUGUUUUUUUAUCAAUUUUCCCUCAAUCUUGUGAAGUUAUGUCUUCUGUACUCAUUGAAUUGAUGCAAAGAUAUUAUCAACCAGUAGAUCCAAAUGAUUAUCAUGCAAUUUUAAUGAAAGAUGCUAUUUAUCUUGCGGUUGGUCUUGCAGCACUAGAUCUUUAUGAUGAAAUAGAUUUCAAUCAAUGGUUUUCAACAACGCUCAAACAUGAACUUGAAUUAAAAAAUAAUAAUUACAGAAUAGUUAAAAGACGUGUUUGUUGGCUAAUCGGUAAAUGGACUCGAGUAAAAUUAAGUGAAAAACUUAAGCCCGAACUUUACAAGAUGAUGAUUAGAGCUUUAAGUCCUGAAGAAGAUCUUGUUGUUCGUUUAGAGGCAAGUAAUACAUUAAAACAAGCAUUAGAUGACUUUCAGUUUCAUAUUGAUGAAUUUAUGCCGUUUUUGGAAACCACUUUUUCUCUAUUAUUUCUUCUUCUUCGAGAAGUAUCUGAAUGUGAUACUAAGAUGCAAGUUCUCUACGUACUAUCAUUUAUAAUAGAAAGAGUUGGUAAUGGUAUCAGGCCUCAUGUUGGUCCAUUAAGUGCUUAUCUACCAUCAUUAUGGGAAAUUUCUGAAAAACAUAAUAUGAUGAGAUGUGCUAUUAUUUCCACCUUAGUCCAUUACGUAAAAGCUUUAAAUUCAGAAAGUGUUAUCAUUGAACCCAUGAUUGUUAACAUGGUUAGUUUAAGUUGUGAUCUCAAACAAGAUGCUCAUGUUUAUUUAAUGGAAGAUGGAUUACAAUUAUGGCUAGCUUUUCUUGAAAAUGCACCAGCACCAACACCAGGCAUCAUGAGUCUAAUCUAUAAUAUGCCGGAACUUUUGGAUUCUGGAUUAGAUCAAGUAAAUUUUCGACCAGCUAUCUGUAUCAUACAAGCAUACGUACUAUUAAAUCCUCAAGAAAUUUUAGGAGACCUAGGAAUCCGUAUCAUAGCUAGUUUGAAAUCAGUAAUGUCAGAUCUGAGAUCUCAAGACUUAGUACUGGUUAUCGAAUUAUUUAUAUUAAUAUUAAAAGUAUCCCCGGAUGUAGGAGUUCAACUUAUAAAGCCUGCUUUAGGAAGAUUUCUUAAAACUGUCUACUUGGAUCAAGAACACGAAGUGUUCAUCGUGAUAAGGAUGAUCCUAGUGGUUCUGUCUAGGUUAUUGUUAGACAAUAGAGGUGUCUUUGCAGAGUUAAUUAGUGACUUAAUGAAAGAAAUAGGAGAAGAACAAACGGAAGAAACUGUAAUGAAUAGAAUAUUAGAAGUUUGGCUUCUUCAUGUAUCAGAUUUCACACAAUCUGAUAAUAUGAAAAUCAUGGCCCUUGCUUUAUGUUCACUAUUAAGCAUUGAUAGCCCGCCAAUUAUAUAUCGUCAUUUUCCAACGAUCAUCAGUGUUGUUGUUGAAGUUCUCAAUGAUAUUUUAAAGCUUGACGAUAUGGAUUCUUAUUUAGACUCAUUGUUACUUGUUAAUCGUACGCCGGAAGAACAUGAGCAGUCUGAUGAAGAUGAUGGGGAAUAUAAGACUAAUCUUCAAUUACGACUUAAACGAUUAGACUUUCAAGAUCCUGUUCAUACUGUUUGUUUGAAAAGUUUUCUUGAAAAUCAACUCAUUACACUUCGUCGAUCAAUCAGUAAUAACCAAUUUGAUGAAAUUAUAGCUUCACUUCAACCAGAAAUUGAACAACAACUCAGAGAGUAUAUUUCAUUUUAAAAAUUAUGAUAAUUCGUAAUGAUUAAAAUAACUAUAGUAGUUAUUUAAAAAAUUCAAUUAACAAUUAAUGCCAGAAAGAAUUUUUAUUAUUUCUACAAUUUAAAGGGUAAAUUGAAAUUAAGAAAA